AUGGCGCAGUGCGCACCGGGCGCAGCCACAGAAAAAGAUCGCAAGCAAGGCAGCAAGGCACAGCCAGGCGAGGCUCAGAAGGUGCCCCCCAAGCCAGACAAGGCCAUGCGGGCCCCUUCUAGUGCCAGCGGGUUCAGCAGGAAGGCAGAGGCCAAAGGCAGCAGGAGGAGCCAAGGAGAUGCUGAGGCCUGCAGGAAAACCAAAGCUGGGAGUAAGAGUUCAAGACCCACGGUCAGCAAGGUCAAGAAUGGUGCUGCUUCCCCAACCAAAAAGAAGUUGGUAGCCAAGGCCAAGGCCCAGGCCCCUAGAGGGGCAGCUGCCCGCAGGGCUGGGCAGGGGCUGAAUGCCAAGGGUGCUUCUGCUAAGGCCAGUGGGUCCAAGGUGGUGCCUGCACACCUGUCCAGGAAGACAGAGGCCCCUCAGGUUUCGAGAAAGGCUGGGCUGCCCAUCAACAUCAAGUCCUCAUCAUCCAAAGUGUCCAGCCAGAGGGCUGAAGCUUAG